AUGGAACACCGGCUGAAAGCGGCAGCAUACAAACCGCUGGAUGAAAGAGAUGAAGCUCAGGACGGGGCAAUGUCUGGAGACGAGGAUGUGAUAGCCAGUGGCGUAGAUGGACCGAGCCUAGAUGAUGGGAGGAUGCAGAAUGGAAAUGCUGCAUCCAGUAGUCCUGUCGAGGAAGAGGAUGAGGAUAACAAGCAUAGCACAAGACGAAAAGUGGCCACCACGCGAAAGCAGCGCAUCGCACAACACCAGACCAGUAAUGGGGUGUCACAGAAUGAAGAUUCAGAAAUUGAAGAAGAUUCUUCCGGCCAAAGUUCGAGCGCCGAUGAUGAGGCCGCAGGUGAAAUCACCAGCGAGGAUGAAAGUGAAGAAUCCGUAGCAGUCGCAGCGAGGAACAAUUGCGUUUUCUGUGACCAGGAUGAGGAUCAUGAUCCAAAUCCAGAGUUCGAGGAGAAUCUGGUGUGUGUUGUUUGUGGAGAUAAUGUUUCACACGAACGAAAUACCCCCGACGAGACCAGCAGACCCAGGCGACAAUCAUCAACCUCGAGAUUCACAAGGGAUCUCUUACCCGCUCAUCGUGGCCUCUCGAGGCCAGGCUCGCACUCAGUUUUCAACACAUUGAUUCUCGACGACGACCCUCUCGAUGGCUCCCGAUCUUUACGCAAGCGAAAGGCAACAUCUGAACAGCCAGAUCUUCCGGAAAAGCGACCAAGAAAGCUGAGUGCCCUUGCAAGUGAGCCAGAAAAGUCGCCAGAGCGGAUUCUUGCCGAGAAGAUUGAAGCUCUAAACACGAAGGCCGACAAAUCAGGCACUCGCUCAAGCGCUGAAUCGCAGCUUCCAAGACCUUCCCGAACGCCUAAACGCCGACAUUCGGAAGGUUCGAGUAAGUCACUUGUAAAUGUCACAGAACGUAGCUCUAGUAGCCUAUUACUUUCCUUCAAGAUCAAGCCUACAAAGCUUAAGUCAAUAUUCCAAUCGAAAAGAAAGAGGGAGCGGCCGAGGUAUUCAAUGUCCCAAGCCGCGCCUGAGAGGGAACGACGAGUGUCUGCACAUUACGCCACACCAUUCUAUGCCUUUCACGAGCGCGAGAAUGACGAUCUCAAGUCCAAACCAUACGGUGGUAUCCUUUCAGAAGACGAUGCUGAGACGACAAAAACUUUGCCCCUUCAAUUCGAUCGUGGAAAGUUCAAUAAAGCACGCGAGAAGGCUGAAGAGGAGCGUAAAGAAAGGGCAGCCUUGUCUGAAGCAGAGAAUGAGACGAAAGGACGCUCGCAAAAGCUUGCAGGUCCUCCAAGCAAGAUCAAGUGCGUCUAUUUUGGAGGGCACGAGAUUGAGACUUGGUAUGCUGCGCCUUAUCCUGAAGAGUAUAGCAGGAACAGGGUGCUUUACAUUUGCGAAUUUUGCUUGAAGUAUAUGAGCAGCGACUUCGUCGCGUGGAGGCAUAAGCUCAAGUGCCCCGCCAAACAUCCUCCAGGGGAUGAAAUAUAUCGCGAGAGGUCGAUAUCGAUUUUCGAGGUCGAUGGACGGAAGAAUCCCGUCUAUUGCCAGAAUUUGUGUCUCCUUGCCAAACUUUUCCUUGGAUCGAAAACACUCUAUUACGACGUGGAACCCUUCCUCUUCUAUGUCAUGACGGAGUACGACGACCUCGGAUGUCACUUCGUGGGUUAUUUUUCCAAAGAGAAACGGCCCAGUAGCUUGAACAAUGUAUCAUGCAUUCUCACUCUACCCACACAUCAACGGAAAGGAUACGGUAACCUGCUUAUCAGCUUUUCAUACCUACUUACACGUGUUGAAGGAAAGACUGGUUCUCCAGAAAAGCCUUUAUCAGAUAUGGGUCUGGUCUCGUACCGCAAUUAUUGGCGACUAACAUUAUCUUACGAAUUGUGUGACCAAAUCGGUCCGAUCAGCAUCACUGACUUGUCCGAGCGAACCGGUAUGACUGCAGAUGAUAUCGUGGCUGCGUUAGAGAGCCUUCGUGCCCUUGUUCGUGAUCCUGUCACUAAGGCCUACGCGCUUCGGCUCGAUUAUGAGUAUUUCAAUAAAUGCAUAGACGAUUGGGAAGGAAAACGUUACGUUACCGUGAAUCCAGACGCUCUGGUCUGGACACCGUACAUCAUGGGCAGAAGUAAUCUCGCUCAUUACGAGACUGCGCCUCCUCUGCCGACAGUUGCACCGCGAGAAGAUGAAGAGGACGACAAGCAAGCGCAGCCAGAAGAAGGCGUUCAGCAAGCCGUUCAAGCGGCUGCGGUAGACAAUGACGUCGCCGUAAUAGACGAGGAAGACAACAUUCUUCCAACCAAUGGGAUCACUAGCAUUGAGACGCAACUUGCCAACCAAUUAAAUGCUGGGAAACCUCUAGUAGCCGUCGAAAACGAGGCACAACCAUCUGCACGACCUUCGAACGUUUCACCAACCAAAUCAAAUGCCUUGCCGCGGACGCCUUACCUUGACCAAGCAGCUUCAGUACCUCCAACUCGCUAUGAAAUCUUUCCGCCGAUCCCAGGUCUACAGGCACGGAUCAGAUCGAAACGAGGUAACUGGCGAGCCUCACAACGCAAGUCUGCUGUAAGCGCCACCCCGAUUAUUACACCGUCGCAGCUGCGCAGACGAGGCAAGCCCCCAUUGGACACUCCUGAGACAGCGAACGUCACCAGUGUCAGUUCGUCCUCAUCUAGCAACAAAAGAAGAACAAGGCAAGAUGGGCCGGUGGAAGAUGAUCGUGACGGUGACAGCGCUGAUGCCCAACAUGGAGGCACGACAAAUUUCAACGCAGGACUGGACGACUCAGAAGAGCGGGAAGCUGAGGGCGAUGAUGACGACGAGCGUGACGCGGACGGGGAGGACGAUGAUGAGAUGAUGCAAGCUGUCGACGGCAAAGUCGAAGCGGACGGGGGUGGUGAUGGCGAGUAUGAAAGUGACGAGGAGGAGGAGGAGGAGGAGGAGGAGGAGGAGGGUGGAAGCGCCGCUGAAAGCGAUGAAGCUGUUGUAGACGAUUAG